CAUCGACUUAAAAAAUGGUGAUGCAAGUGAUGAAAAAAGAAUUGAGAUUUCACAGCUGUGGUUUUAGUUAUGAUCCUGUGGAUUCGAUGGUACGAUCACAGUGGCAGCCAAAAUCGAAAAAUACGUUCUAUUUUUUCUAUCGAUGGGUAGUUGCUGCCAUUUUUGUGGCAAUGGUGAUAAUUUCGUUAUAUUCCCACCUUCAGGAGUUCAGUUUUGACCUAUUCUUCAUAUAUCUAACGCAUUGGGGCAUCAUACUCAAUAUGAUAGUAGGUAUUUAUGGUACUGCAUUAGUUUCUAUUUGGUAUUUCCAUACAGAAUACCGAGAAAUGCCACCUUCAUUCAAAAUCUACUGGGCACUGCAUAAUGUUACAUUGGCCACAUCAUAUGUAAAUUUUGUUUCGAUUGCAGCCAAAACUCGUAUAAGCUUAUCGUCCAUUAUGAAUCAUGCAUUGAACUCAGUCAUUAUGUUCAUAGAUUUUCUUAUCGUGGCUUACCCAAUGAGUUUGUACCAUGCUAUUCAGCCGAUGUGCUUCGGAGCUUGCUUUGCCGUGUUUUCAUACAUUUAUUAUUCGUGCGGUGGAGUUAACGAAUUCGGAGAUCCAUUUAUUUAUACUUUAUUAAAUUGGGAAAAACCGGAAAACGCACUAACUACCGUCGUCGCAGUGUCAAUUUUAGUCAUUCUUGUGCAUAUGAUUCUCUUUUACAUUUACAAACUGCGCGUAUUCACUCAACUUCGGCUUUUCGAAACCGAACUAGUGAUGCCAACCACGACAAUUGAAUUAAAUUGA